AAACCAGCCAAGCACCUAGUCAGGACCAAGGAAACCAAUCUGCAUGGCCAUCUGUUUUCUACUGCCCUGAGCAAAAGCCAUCUUCCGAGUCUUCUCAAGUUUGCUCUCAUGAAGAGUUGAAGACCACAACAUGUCCCUAUUUUCGUGUGUUUGGAUACUCCUUGUGUGCGGAUCGUGCUUGUCAUGGGGGCAGGAAAUGCCCUCGUUGUCACCUAUGUUAGGCGGGUACCCACCCGUGGACGUGAAUGAGUUAGACCCGAUGACUUUGAAUUGGAACCAGGUCCAUUACUUGGUCCGAGAAAUGCUCAUCGAAGCUGAUGAUCUGAAACGAGAGCAUGACUUACUGUACAAGGAAUUGCAAUCGUGCUACGGAUUGGAGGACUGUUUGAGCGGAUUUGACCUCCUUAACAAGAACAUAGACACGGGAAUACUCUAUGCUGAAGAUAGCCUCCUGUCAUCGUUGCAGAGAGGUCGUGAGGCGGUCAGCUCGAACUACGGUGCUCGAGGAGAGUCUGAGCUGCGGGAAUAUCAACGAGUCCAAGACUAUUUGAGGAACCAACAACAAUCAGGGGCGUCGUCAGGCACCACAGCGGUCAACGGGGUCGUUACCAAUUCCAAUUUCAACAAUCGAGGUUACAACCAGAACUCGUUUGGCAGAAAUGUCACCUACUCAUACUCGAGCCAAAGAGGGUCCAGUAGUGCGAGUGGAACCAAUCAAUACAACAACAACAUCAGCAAUGGUGGAGUGCGAAAUUCGCAAUUUCCUGCCAAUCCAACGAGGCCUUUCCAGCUCGGCGGGGGAGAAUUGGGAACCGGAGGACGACGAGGCAACGCUGGCAGUGGCGACAUUUCUAACAACAACGACAAUGGAGCCUCUAGUUACGGACGAACUUACCAAUACUCUUACGAAUACUCGAAUAAUAACUACGGUAAUCAGAAUUCCCGUGGCUAUGAUCGAGAAAUUCCGGAUGAUCGACGGGGAAAAUGAAUCCAAAGUACAUUCCAUUCAAAUAUGAUCGGUCGAGACGGAUCGCAAGCAAUGAUUAAUCAAACGAGAAGACCCAGUAAACGAGAGGGCUUGGGAAAAAUUCACACAACCCCUGUAACCGUAUAUAUUGUAUGCAAUAUCUCGAUCAAGAGCGUCCAUCAAAAUAGGAACUGCUCAUCGGACGA